AUUGACAUUUGUAACAAAUGUAACAAUACAAAAUGUCAUGUUAGUGCAAUGAUAAUAAAUUGUGCGAUGAAUUUACGUGAACUAUUCGAAAAUGGGAUUACAUCAAGUAAAACAAAUAGGAUUUACAAUAAAUCUGUGUGAAGUGUGCUAAAUUUCAAUGUGAUCAAUGACCUGUUCUGUGGAAUAUCGACGGUUUGAGGUGUGUCGGAGAAGAGAUUUUAUUUGGACAAGUAUUUCAUGACCAUCAAAACUGUCCCGAUGCCUCUAAGCAUCAGCAUCCCUGAGACAACAUGUAUGACAUGUUGUCUGAGUUCCAAGUAUCAGAAUUCGAUUCAAUCGGGGAUAUAUUUCGACUGAAGUCUGGUGAUCCAUUAGAUACGUUUGGUGAGAUGUGGUACCCAGUGUUUUUGUGGUCAUUGUGUUCGUCAGUGUUUGUACACACCUGUGCGGCGCUCGUAGCGUUCGGCACCCUAAGAAAGCACAAGUAUGGAAAGUUCUUUCCCGUCCUUUUAAUAGUGAUGGGUGUUGUGAGUCCAGUGACAUCAGGCGUGGCGAGCAGCGCUGCUGUCGCCUUCAUAUAUCGCGCGGCAAAUCUGACCAUGCCGCCCAUCCAUGCCAUGAUAUGGGGCAUUGGGCAAACACUGUUAGGGGCAGGCAUUGGUUUCACAAGGAUUUUGGCAACUUUGUAAUAAGUGGUGUAUUGUUUGUAGUUAAUUGUGAUGCAUCAACUCUCUAUAUAAUUUUGAUGUAAUUGAAAGUCAAUUAUCUUAGCAUUAUUGUAAUGGAAACGGUAUUGGACAGUGCAAAUAUUGUAGUAUAGAUAAAUUAUCACUGGUCCUGGUAAUGGUAAAUACUCACUAAUCAUAGUGGUGAGACUGCUGUAAAUAAUAUUUCUCUAUGUGUACUUUUUAUAUGUAUGCGAAGAAUAGUCAUUUAUAUUGUAUAAUUUGGCAAUGUAAUUAUAAAGUUUACUUAUUUAAGAACCUGUCCUUGGUUUUAACCAUUGUGAAUAUAAUCAAUUAAUCACUUAUUUUGUACAAGUACAUAUGAACUCCAAUGUAUUUAUUAUUUGGUUUGUGUUAAAAUUUUCCACAUAGCUCUGCAUGUGUAUUGAAAGCAAUAUACUGACAAUUUGCAAGAUUAUUAUCAAUGCUAAAAAUAUGUGAAUUCACAAGUCUUGGGACUGUAUUCAGAUCAUGUUACUAUACUGCUGACAUUGUAUAUAAACCUGUUUCUAGGUCCAUUCUUCUUUUAUGUUAGUAAUACCCUAAACUUUGUUCUUAUAUCCCAGAUUCAAGAAUGAUAGCUCAAUUGCCCAAUCUACUACCAAAUCUGCAACAGUUACACUGGGCACAUUGGGUAGUAAAUACUAAAUUAUACAACUAAAUUGUCUCAAAUCUAGCAUAUAAAAACACAGCCUAAUCUGGGCAGUAACAUUACAACCACAAUAUAGGUCACUCCAACACAGUAAUGGAGACAACCCUCCACAAAUUUGGUGGAAUCAAUCACAGUGAAUUUGAGUAUCAAAUCAAUCUGUCUGUGUAUGAAGUACAUAUAAGUUACCUUAUAAAGUAAUUAUUUGUUUCUUAAAAAAGUUGUACUGUGAUUACAAUUGAUUGCUCAUUGUCAUAUCUAUGCUCGACCCACCGAUAGUCACUAAUCAUGCUUGCUUGUGACUGAUUAUUAUUUUAAUAAUGUUGAAUAAUUGCAAUAUUCUUUUAAUUUAAAUUAUUGUGAUAAUGAUAAAUAAACAAUGUACGAAAUUACGUUAAGAUAACACACCUAUAACAUGUAUUCCUACUGUAAUAAUUGAUUUCUUUUUGGACGCACAAACACUUACCUAAACCAAUAAAAUGUACUGGUACUUACCUAUGUAAACAAAAACUUAAAAGUAUGAAUAUGAACAUACUCUACUAAGUAAUAAUAAGAUAGUAGGUAAUGCUAAUGUUAGCUUAGGUGCUAGACAAAAUGUGUAAUUUGCAAACAGAAUACAUAUAUAUUUGUAUAUAGGGAGUGCAAUAUUUUUUUUUAUUGGUUUUAUAAUGGAUUUUAAUAGCAUUUUACAUCUUAAUUUGCAACUUCAAUAGACAUUUAACUAUGUAUGCUGACAUAUCUUCUCUCUUAAAUUUUUGUGACAAGAAUCUAUAGUAGCAAUUGAAUACUAUCUAAAUAUUUGUGAUUUCUUUUUCAAGCAAUUUCACUGUGCCUUAUGGAUAUGGAGGGUGAAAUGGAGCAAACUGUGAGCUUUUGAAUUGAACUCCUAGCCUUUGCAGUAGUUGUAGGAUACCAUGUUAUAUAUUAAUAGGAGUCUGCUAUUACACUAAGUCUAAUCCACCUGGUAAUGGCAUUCACUACAGCCCUACUUAACUAAAAAGGGGGCCUGGACCUUAAUCUAGUCCUCUUGAAUAUUAAAAGCAGAGUUCUCACACCUAUCACUACUACCUGAAACCCUUUCACAAUAACAAAGGCAUAUAAUGAAUGAUUUUUUUAUUGUUAGAACAUAAAAGCUAGUGUUCUUAUAUAGUUACCUAGCAAUGUAUUGUAUAGAGGUUUUGGUUUAGGUAAAGUAACUUUUUCAUAUUUAUCCAAUGGUAAUAAAUAAAAUUUAUUUAAUACAAUA